AUGAAUAGACUUAUUCUCACUAGAAUCAGCACAGCAGCUACACAGCCUUUAAAGCUAAAGAGUAAGCAAUGGGCAUUAAGAAAUGCAAACUCCAUGCGUUUUGCAAGCACCGAAGCCAGCAACGGAGAAGCUGUUCUUGAGCAAGCCAUGGCCAACGCCAAUGUCACCAAAAGAAACAUUAUUAAACAAAGCCAUCCUGCAGUGCCACUGGCUACCUUUCACAGCCGUCUCGACUAUCAAAUUCGCCACAAGGGAGCACCAAAGAAAUUCUUGGAAAACGUUUUGAACAUUGUCAAGGAGAUCAAGCAACACAACCUCACAUUGGAUCAAACCACAUACUAUGCCAUUUUGACCGCUUAUGCUCGCAACAGAGAUCAAGAGGGCGUGAUGCGUACUUUGAAAGAGAUGAAGCAGAACGGAUUGACACCCUCUGUCGACAAUUACAACUUGGUAUUAGAGACAUUGGCUAAUAUGGGCCAUGUCAAACAGCAAAACAUUUUGAAGGAAGAAAUGAAGCAAAAUGGAGUGCCUUUGACGACAUCGUCCUACUUCCAUUUGCUGAGGGGUAUGUGCAAGCAAGAUGAACUCGAGUAUGCUUUGGACACAUUGGAGGAGAUGAAGAAAAUGAAUGUACAAGCCAACUUGUCAUGUUACGCUACCAUCAUCAGUGCCUCGCUUCGUUUGUCUGAUGCAACUACCGCCUUCAGUGUGUUGAAGGAGGCAGAGAACGCUGGUUUGCCCGUGCAAUCUCAACCUCGUCUUUAUUUGGAUGCUAUGCGUGUGGGAGCCAACAAUGAUAGCGAAGAGAUUGUCAACUAUUGUUGGGAUAAGGCGAUUGGCACCUAUUCUAUGCGCCCUGAUGAAGGAACCUUACUCAACGUGCUUCGAGUUGCUGCCAAGACUGGAAACACCAAACUAGCCACCGAUACUAUCCGUCAAUUGAGUACGAGUGGAUACCCCUAUAAAGAACAUUACUUUACGCCAUUGAUGGAAGCGUUCAUUGUCAAGGGAGAUCUCAAGAGUGCUUUCAAUGUGUUGGAUAUCAUGCGAGUGUCUGGUGUGUCUCCUACAUUGCGUGCUACUUUACCUAUUCGCAAACAGUUGGACAAGGAUGUGGAUGCCAUUGACAAGGCCUAUUACAUUUUGGAAGAACUCAAGAAGGAGAACAAGGCUGUGGAUAUAUCUGCUUUCAACGUGGUUGUUGCAGCCUGUGCUGAUGCAAAGGAUAUAGAGCGCACCGUUGCCACUUACCGCGAAGCACAUGCAUUAGGUGUCAAACCCAAUGUAGAUACAUACAACUUGGUGCUCGAAGCAUGCAUCCACACUCGCAUGAAGGGCAUGGGCAAUGUUGUGAUUGACGAGAUGAAGAAGGCUGAAAUCACACCCAACCUGGAUACAUACGCUAAAAUGAUGGAACUCUCAUGCACACAAAAGAACUAUGAGGACGCAUUUGUGUAUCUUGAAGAAAUGAAGAGCUACGACAUUGUUCCACCUGAACACUGCUAUGUUCGUUUAGCACAAAAGCUGGCUUAUGAGCAAGAUCCCCGCUUCCACAUGGUGCUUGAAGAAAUGGAAACAUUUGGCUACAAAGUUACACCAAGAAUUAGAGCAUUGUACGGCAAAAGUAAAUAA